GCAGAGGAUAUACCGAGAUUAUUGAAACAUGAUGUAAGUUGGAAAGAACCGGUGGAGAUUCUCAAAGAAGUUACGAAAGAAAUUCUCAGCACCAUAAAAGAUAUCUUGGACAAUCCUGCUUUUGGACCCGAUUUUGUUGAUUCGUUGAACGAAGGUACUUACGUGUCAAAUGUGGUGGUACCAUUUAUUCGUGCGGCAUUGAAAAAUCUCCCUUUUGGAGGAGAGUCCUCGUUUAUUAGCACUAAGGAUAGAAGGGGUAUAGGAAAAACAGGCAGACGACCGGAUAUAAUGUUUGAAGUUCAUCGUGAGGGAAAAGUUUAUGAACUUUUAUAUGGUGAAU